UGAGCAGUCUCUCGCUCAGCCUGCACUCUGCUCUCAGCUCUCAUUGUCUGUCUCACCCGACGCUUGCAGCUGAUUUGCAAAAAAAAAAAAAAAAGAGAGAGAGAAAAGGAGCAGAAUCCCUACUAACUGAGGAGAGAGGAGCCAGAGAUAAAAGGGGGCUGCUGCUGCCAUUCAGGACAAUAGAGGAGUGUGUUGUCCUCCACUCGUGCAUGAGCAAAUCAGCAGCCUAUAUCAGAGCUGUGGAGCGGUCCCGGCCAUCAGUGGCUCCAGGGCAGCACUUGCAGAAGAGAGGCAAUGCUUUUACGGAGGAGACCCCUCUUCUCUGACACCUCCUUCAGGCUCCUCAUCGCUGCACUAUGCUUCCCAUUGAAGGUGUCCGUAGCAUCCGGGUACUUCGAAUUGGAAAUCUUAUCUAUGCAAAAUCCCAAUGGAGAAUUGCAGAACGGCAAUUGCUGCGAUGGCACCAGGAACCCCGUCGAUAGAAAGUGCACCAGGGAUGAGUGUGAUACUUAUUUUAAAGUUUGCCUAAAGGAGUACCAGUCCAGGGUGUCCUCUGGGGGCCCUUGUAGUUUUGGCUAUGGAUCUACCCCUGUCUUAGGAGGGAAUUCCUUCAACCUUAAAUUCAUCAGGAACACCGAGAGGAACAGGAUUGUGCUCCCUUUCAGUUUUGCCUGGCCGAGAUCAUACACCUUGGUUGUUGAAGCGUGGGAUCACAAUAAUGAGACCAAUGAACGUGAUGACAUUAUAGACAAGGCCACCUACUCCGGGAUGAUCAACCCUAGCCGCCAAUGGCAAACCCUCAAACAAAACUCUGGAAUGGCACAUUUCGAGUAUCAGAUCCGAGUAACUUGUGGGGAACAUUAUUAUGGCUUUGGCUGCAAUAAAUUCUGUCGGCCUAGAGAUGAUUUUUUUGGACAUUAUAUCUGUGACCAGAACGGCAACAAAACCUGCUUGGAAGGCUGGACUGGACCUGAAUGUAACAAAGCAAUAUGCAGUCAAGGCUGUAGCCCAAAACAUGGCACUUGCAAGGUUCCUGGAGAAUGCAGAUGCCAAUAUGGAUGGCAGGGACAGUACUGCGACAAGUGCAUUCCUCACCCAGGAUGUGUCCAUGGCACUUGCAUUGAACCAUGGCAGUGUCUGUGUGAAACGAAUUGGGGUGGUCAACUCUGUGACAAAGAUUUAAACUCCUGUGGGACGUACCAGCCCUGCCUAAACGGAGGCACUUGCAGCAAUACCGGCCCAGACAAGUACGAGUGUUCCUGUCCAGAAGGGUAUUCAGGACGGAAUUGUGAAAUUGCCGAACAUGCCUGCCUGUCUGAUCCUUGCCACAAUGGUGGAAGCUGCCAGGAGACCACUGGUGGCUUUGAAUGUAACUGUGCUCCAGGGUGGACUGGCCCCACAUGCUCCAUCAACAUAGAUGAUUGCGCCCAGAAUCCAUGUGGGCAUGGUGGAACUUGCCAAGAUCUAGUAGAUGGGUUUAAGUGUGUUUGCCCUUCCCAGUGGACUGGAAAAACCUGCCAAAUAGAUGCUAACGAGUGUGAAGUUAAACCCUGCGUGAAUGCAAAUUCCUGCAAAAACCUGAUUGGCAGUUACUACUGCGACUGCAUCCCCGGCUGGACGGGUCAGAACUGCGACAUUAAUAUCAAUGAUUGUGUUGACCAGUGUCAGAAUGGAGGAACGUGCAGGGACUUGGUUAAUGGAUUCCGCUGUAUCUGUCCGCCUGGCUAUGCAGGGGAGCGCUGUGAGAAAGACGUCAAUGAAUGUGCCAGCCACCCUUGCCUGAAUGGGGGUCACUGCCAGGAUGAAAUCAAUGGAUUUCAAUGUCUGUGUCCUGCUGGUUUCUCUGGAAACCUCUGUCAGUUGGACAUAGAUUACUGCGAGCCCAACCCAUGCCAGAAUGAAGCCCAGUGCUUUAACCUCGCCACUGAUUACUUCUGUAACUGCUCCGAGGACUACGAGGGAAAGAACUGUUCACAGCUAAAAGAUCACUGUCGCACGACUCCCUGUGAAGUCAUUGACAGCUGCACAGUUGCAGUGGCCUCCAACAGCACCCCAGAAGGAGUGAGGUACAUUUCCUCUAAUGUGUGCGGCCCGCAUGGCAAAUGCAAGAGCCAGGCUGGUGGCAAAUUCACCUGCGAAUGCAACAAGGGCUUCACUGGCACAUAUUGUCAUGAAAAUAUCAAUGACUGUGAAAGCAACCCUUGCAAAAACAGUGGGACCUGCAUUGAUGGGGUGAACUCCUACCAGUGCAUUUGUAGCGAAGGAUGGGAAGGAACAUACUGUGAAAUAAACAUAAAUAACUGCAGUAAAAAUUCUUGUCACAAUGGAGGUACUUGUCGAGACUUGGUUAAUGAUUUCUACUGUGAAUGCAAGAAUGGGUGGAAAGGAAAAACGUGCCACUCCCAGGACAGCCAGUGUGACGAGUCCACCUGCAACAAUGGUGGGACCUGCUAUGACCAGGGUGAUACUUUUAAAUGCAUGUGUUCACCUGGAUGGGAAGGAACCACUUGUAACAUUGCAAGAAACAGCAGCUGUUUGCCAAAUCCUUGCUUCAAUGGUGGAACUUGCGUAGUCCGUGGGGACUCUUUCACUUGUGUUUGCAAAGAAGGCUGGGAAGGUCCGACGUGCUCUCAAAACACGAAUGACUGCAAUCCACAUCCAUGCUACAACAGCGGAACUUGUGUGGAUGGAGACAAUUGGUACAGGUGUGAAUGCGCACCUGGAUUUGCUGGUCCCGACUGUAGAAUUAAUAUUAAUGAGUGUCAGUCGUCUCCGUGUGCCUAUGGAGCCACAUGCAUCGAUGAGAUCAAUAGCUACCGUUGUAUCUGUCCACCUGGCCGCAGUGGUCCAAAGUGUCAAGAAGUUACAGCACAGCCUUGUAUAAUUAACGACCACGUUAUGUCAGAUGGCGCCAAAUGGAACGAUGACUGCAACACUUGUCAGUGUGUGAACGGAAGGGUUUUCUGCUCUAAGGUAUGGUGUGGCCCUCAGCGCUGUGAUUUACACAGUAACGGUCAUAGUGAAUGCCCUGCUGGCCAAUCUUGUGUCCCAAUUAAGGACAACCAUUGCUUUGUCCCUCCCUGUACUGGAGCUGGGGAAUGCUGGCCUUCCAACCAGCCGCCAGUGAAGACAAAAUGUAACGCCAAUGCGAAUUACCAGGACAACAACUGUGUGAACAUCACUUUUACCUUCAACAAGGAGCUGAUGUCCCCGGGCCUCACUACAGAGAGCAUUUGCAAUGAAUUGAGGAAUCUUAACAUCUUGAAGAAUGCUUCAGCAAAAUAUUCAAUCUACGUUACCUGCGAGCCAUCUCCUUUGGCAAACAAUGAGAUCCACGUUGCUAUAUCUGCUGACGAAACAAGAGAUGGAAAAAGCACAAUUCAGGAUAUCACAGAAAAACUCAUCGACCUUGUUAGCAAAAGGGAUGAAAAUAACACCUUCAUCACAUCAGUGGCAGAAGUCAGAGUGCAAACACACACCAAAAACCGGACAGAUUUCCUUGUGCCCUUGCUGAGCUCCGUUCUCACGGUGGCCUGGAUUUGUUGCCUGAUAACCGCCUUUUACUGGUGCAUCUGGAAACGUAGAAAGCCAAGCAGCCAGAGUCACACAGCCGCUGAUGAUAACACGACCAACAACGUCCGGGAGCAACUGAACCAGAUUAAAAACCCCAUUGAAAAGCAUGCAGCCAACAGCGUCCCCAUCAAAGACUACGAAAACAAAAAAAUAAAUGCAAAAAUAAGGACACACAACUCAGAAGUGGAAGAAGACGACAUGGACAAACACCAGCAGAAGAGUCGAUAUGUGAAGCAGCCAGCUUACACACUAGUCGAUAGAGAUGAAAAGCCGCCUAAUGGCACCCCCACAAAACAGCCAAACUGGACAAAUAAACAGGACAACAGAGACUUAGAAACAGCACAAAGUUUAAAUCGGAUGGAGUACAUUGUAUAGCGGACAGGGCGCUGCCAUGCAGAGCUGGUGUCUGCUGUAAAGGGCUCGGGAGUCUCUAGUUCUUAAACUGUUGUGUAAUAUUUGAGUCUACGGCUAUUAUUUACUUAGAAUCCCUAUGUUAAUUUAAGUUUUGACAAGCUGGCUUACACUGGCAAAGAUAGUUGCUGUGGUUGGCUGGAAUACCAAGUGCUGCAUUUCACAUCUAUGCAAAACUAGUGAAAAGUGCCCUAAUGUCAAUUCAGCCACAGCUGAAACAUCCCAGAAGAUCGUGCAUUGCCUUUGCAGUUGGCUAGUGGUUAUUUUCUUUUAAGUUUUUUUAUUUUAUUUUGUUUUGUUUUUACCCUUCACAUUUUUGACUGGUGUCCAUAAUAAUGCAGUCUUUAGAAUAAUACCUUUUUUAUUUAUAUUUAUUAUGUAUAAUUUUUUUUUAUUUUGUAUAUUGGUUUUUAUAGUAAUGUACAACUAGUUCUGUAUUUGAAAGUGCCUUUGUAGCUCAGAACCACAGCAACUAUCGAAAAAUUAGGUUUAUUAUUUAUUUUUUUUAUUGUAUUUUGUGCUGGGACUUGGGGGCGGCGGGCAAGACUGUCAGCUGUUGCUGGUAAUAUGAAGAAUUGUCAAGUAGAAGUUUUUGUAUAGACCUGUAAAUAUUUUUUUAUUUUUUUUUAUUAAUCACUGUGUAUAUUUGAUUUAUUAACUUAAUAAUCAAGAGCCUUAAAUAUCAUUCCUUUUUAUUUAUAUGUACUUGUUUAGAGUUGAAGGUUUUUGAUAGCUUUGUAAGCUUUGUGGCUUCAGUUUUUUUGAAUUCAUUUCUUGUUACAUGUUAACUAUAUGCCAAAAUUUAAGGUGUUCUAAAAUAGUUUUAUUUUUUAUGAAUAGGACCAGGCGCACAUGCCUCAAUGCUGUUUUUUGUACAUUUGUCAGAUGUUAAAUACCUUUAUAAAGCAUCCCUUAAAGAAACUUUUGUAAGUUUAAGAAUGAAACAGUUUUCAGAGGUAGAGUUUAGGGAAAAAAAUCUUUUGCUGCUUUGGCUUUGAUAUUAAAAAGAAAGAAAAAAUAAGGAAUAAGUGUGACUGGCAGAUAUUCUGCUACAAGGCAGUUUAAGGAAACAUGUAGAGCUAUUCAUGUACAAGGAAUGUCAGCGUUCAUGUUAAAAAAAAAAAAAAAAAUUAAAAAAAAAAUAAUCAAAUUGUGUGAAGUUUGAAGCUCCGCAAUCUUGUAUUUUGUAUAUUCUGAUUUUUCUUCCAUUUUCUCCCACCUUGAAAACUAAAGAACCACUUGUAGAUAUUUUUUAUUUUUUUAUUUUCGUAAUCUACUGAUACUCAAGAGUAUUCCAUUAAGCUAGUUUUUGAAUACUUGAACAGUAGAAACCCAGUGAUCGCUGUUGCUUUUCCACCUAAUACACUGCCUUCCAUUCCAAUAAGGUACACAGGCACCCUUGAUGUAAUUACCCACUAAAGGCACACUAGAGAUGGUUGCUACUCAUGUCGCAAAUUAAAUGGCAUACUCUUUUGUUUCUGAUUUUAUUUUUUGCCUGUAUUCAUACAAAUACAUUCCAGAUUCUACAGAGAUUACAUAUGUAUUCUGCCAUCACCCAAACAACUACUUCUUAGAUAUCAAAAGGCCAGCACAAAAACUUGCCUGUGUGCCCUUCAUUCCAUACGUGGACCCCUGUAUUACUAGAGGUACUCCUUCUACUGCAAAUCCCAUGGUUACACACUAUGUAUACAAUUACAUGAAAAGUGAAACUGUUAUCAUCGGCCGCAGAGAUCCUGAAGAUUCCCUGUAUUGUGAUAUUAGUGUUAUAUAAACCCUGCCUCUUUGAUGUGUUGUUCAAGGCUACAAAUUUUGGAAAGUAAUAUUUAUUAAAUUUUUUUGUAUGAAAAA